AUGUCGCAAGACAUAACAGUUGGACGAGUUUGCUUUAAAGUGUGUAUUUUUCAAUCAGGUAUUAUUUUCAAUAACGGACACAAAUGGAGACAGCAGAGGCGAUUUGCACUUUCAACCCUCAAAUAUUUUGGAUUUGGAAAGAAGUCACUUGAGCCUGUCAUCCUGGAUGAAUUUACACAUUGUGCUGAAGAGUUCAGAAGCUCUAAAGGUAAGCCAUUUAAUCCACGCCUCGCCAUAAACAGCGCCGUCUCCAACAUCAUCUGCUCCCUGGUUUUUGGUCAUCGCUUUGAGUACAGUGAUGAGAAGUUCCGGAAACUGUUAGGGAUGUUUGAAGAUGUAUUCCGAAUGCAAGCUUCCAUUUGGACAGGGCUCUACAAUUCAUUCCCUGUGCUCAUGAGACAUUUGCCAGGGCCACAUCAGACGGGCAGACAGGCCUGGAGAAAGGUGCAGGACUUUGUACGUGAACAGAUUAAUGAGCACAAGCAGACCUGGGAUCUCUCAGAGCAAAGAGACUUCAUUGACUGCUACCUGAAGGAGAUUCACAUGGGGAGGGUUGACAACACUUUCGACGAGGAAAAUCUGAUUGUAUGUGUUAUGGACUUGUUUCUGGCUGGUACAGAGACCACAUCCACCACUCUGCGCUGGGCGUUCCUCUACAUGGCAAAAUAUCCUGAGAUCCAAGAGAAGGUCCAGGCUGAGAUAGACAGAGUGAUUGGACAGUCCAGACAGCCAUCCAUGGAGGACCGUGCAAACCUGCCCUACACAGACGCUGUCAUCCACGAGAUCCAGAGGAUGGGGAACAUCGUUCCUCUCAGUCUGCCACAUUCCACCAACAAAGAUGUCCAGCUGGGAGGCUACAGCAUCCCAAAGGGAGUUACAAUAAUUCCCAAUCUGACCUCUGUGCUGUUUGACAAGAAUGAGUGGGAGACGCCCUACACCUUCAACCCGGGACACUUUCUGAGUGAGGAGGGCAAGUUUGUGACACAAGCCGCUUUCAUCCCUUUCUCUGCUGGUAAGCGUUUGUGUCUCGGGGAGAAUCUGGCCAGGAUGGAGCUUUUCCUUUUCUUCACCUCCUCCAUGCAGCACUUCACCUUCUCCAUGCCUGCUGGAGUGAAGCCUUCGAUGGAGUACCGCCUUGGCGUCACUCUGGCCCCGAAGGAUUAUGAAGUAUGUGUAACCUCACGCCAAGAGUAGUUUAUUUUUUUAAAAAGAGAGAAAAAAAUGUAAUUAUGACUUUGUACACAUAGGGCAUCUGAUAUACUGUAAAAAAAAGAUUACCUGUCAUUUUACACAUAUACACACCCAUAUACACACUGUUUUGGUAAAACUGCUAACAACUGGAAGACAUCUGAAGCAUGACAAAGGAUGCAAAUGGACAUUUGUAAGCAGACGUCAAGCUAAAACUGCUGGGUUUUAUUUUAUUUGCUUGUUUUGUUUUGUUACUAUUCACAGCACAUGAGAUUUAAACAAAGUAUAAUAAGAAUUGUAUUUGCAUGUAAAAUGUGAUAGUAGGUAAAAAUAA